CUUCCUGCUCUGCUGUUUCUCUCUGGUUUCCUAGAAGCAUCAAAUCUUGAUGCACUGAAAGUCAAGCGUGGAUUGAUUACACCCUCAAUUCAACCCCCAAGCACCCACGCGGAGUUUACUCAUUCAAUCUUUCCUCACUUCUCUAUUCAAUCAUAUCACUUCUCUGUUUAUUCCACCUCCCCUGUUUCAAGAAUGAAACCUCUGCUUCAUCCAUCUUCCAUUUUAACUUUCUGGUUCACCCUUUUCAUAAUCUCAAUCAAUAUUCAAACACCCCUCUGUGCUGAUAAUGAUAGCAAGUACUACACGAACUGCUAUGAAGCUUUUUCCUGCGAUGGUAGCAGUGUUGGGAACCUCAAGUACCCAUUCUGGGGAGGAAACAGAACUGAGUACUGUGGUCAAUCUCAGUUGGAGCUCGUUUGUGAAGACCGUGCAGCGAAGAUCACAAUCAAUUCAAUCACAUACCGUGUUGUUAAAUGGGAGGAUUCAACACAGAAGCUCACGGUGGCUAGAGAUGACUUCUGGGGUGGUGUCUGUGCUGUGAGUGAUUACCAGAACAGUUCAUUUGAUAACUCUCCCUUUCAAUAUGAUUUCAGUGGUGAUAAUAACGUGACGUUGUUAUACAAUUGCGGUUCUAUCGAUCCUCCGAGUGGGUUUUAUAGGAGUUCCUGCGAUGGUGGUAGUAGAGUUGUGUACUAUAUUGUAGGAGUAGGACCUUUAUCCUUUGCCUCUGCUUGCACGAGUGUUGUGGUUCCAGUUUUGGCAUCCCAAGUUUCAGCACUUGCAUCUACUGCUGGUAACAUAGACGAGGUAUUGAAUGAAGGUUUUGGGUUGAGAUGGAGUGGUAAUUAUCAAGAGUGCACAGGAUGUCUUGAUACUAGAGGAGCGUGUGGGUUUGAUGGAAAAUUCAGGUGUUUCUGCGAGGAUGGACCUCAUCAAUCUUCAUGCAUUUCAGAUAGGGCCCCAGCUCCAGAUAAAAGGCGGGGGAGCACAACUCGUAACAUUGUGAUAGGUGUAGCGGCAUCUUGUGUGGGAGGACUAGUCGCUAUUAUUAGUAUAGCUAUUUAUAUUAGGAGGAAGUUUAAGAGUUUAUCUGGACAAACGAUGAUCUCCAGGAAAAGAAGUACAUUUGUUGAACACGAUGUGGAAGCUUUCAUGCAAAGCUAUGGUUCAUUGGCACCAAGGCGAUAUAGUUAUUCAGAAGUUAAAAGGAUCACAAACUCAUUUGUACAUAAGCUAGGCCAAGGUGGAUAUGGCGUUGUGUAUAAAGCAACAUUACCUGAUGGUCGUCUUGUUGCUGUAAAAGUGAUAAGCGAAUCCGGCGGGAGCGGAGAAGAUUUCAUAAAUGAAGUUUCUAGCAUUAGCAGAACUUCUCAUGUGAACAUUGUCUCACUCUUGGGAUUUUGCUAUGAUAAAAACAGAAGAGUAUUGAUCUAUGAAUUCAUGCCCAAUGGUUCAUUGGAUAAUUUCAUCAAUGGAAUGGGAUCUCCAAAUGCUAUUUGCUGUUUUGAUUGGAAUACUUUGUACAAAGUUGCAAUCGGGAUUGCUCGAGGGCUAGAGUACCUACAUCAAGGAUGCAAUACAAGGAUCUUACACCUUGAUAUCAAACCUCAAAACAUUCUCUUGGAUGAAGACCUUUGCCCAAAAAUAGCUGAUUUUGGACUAGCUAAAAUAUGCAAAAGGAAGGAGAGCAUUGUGUCUAUGUUGGGAACAAGAGGAACUCCCGGGUACAUUGCACCAGAAGUAUUUAGUCGAGCAUUUGGUGGUGUUUCUCACAAAUCUGAUGUGUAUAGCUUUGGCAUGUUGAUUCUUGAAAUGGUUGGAGGAAGGAAAAAUUAUGAUAGUGGUGGAGGGUCACAAAGCAGUGAAAUGUUUUUUCCAGAUUGGAUAUAUAAGGAUCUUGAGCAAGGUGAUGUUCACACAAAUUUUUUGGUCAUCACAGAGGAGGAACAUGAGAUGGCAAGGAAAAUGAUUUUGGUCAGUCUUUGGUGCAUCCAAACACGCUCAUCGGAGAGACCAUCAAUGAAUAAAGUGGUGGAGAUGUUAGAAGGAACACUUGAGUCAGUGCCAUAUCCUCCAAAGCCUAUCUUACAUUCUCCUGAAAAGCUAUUAUUGCAAAAUUCAGAUUUAACUUCAGGCAAUACUCUGGAGACAGAUUCAAUGACAACAGAAAAAGAUGGUUCCAUUGAAUUGAAUGUGUUAAGCAAGAAUGUACCAGGUUAAUGGUGAUGAAACAGUUUUUUUUUUUAAAGCAAAAGAUUACUUUGGUAUUUUUUGUUGUUUAAUAAAUGGUUGGAGUAAAGACCGGUACCUAUGUUGUAAUUGUUGUAUAGGAAGUGUUGGAUGCUCAACUAUCCAUAAUCCAUAAUUCAUUUGAAUUUCUGGUUGAUAAA